AUGGAUGACACAAGUAGUCUCUCAUCUCCAAGGUCUCUGCCAGCACCAAAGCAACUCAAAUAUACAGAAGGGAUUGCUAACGGUUCAGUUAGAGAAUCAGCUACACUUCUAGAUCAAACACAGAAGGUCAUUCUCCUUCAUGCUAAGAUACCAACUGGGCAAUUGUCAAUCAAGAAACUGGCUAUUAUCGGACAACGUGGAAAACUCUGGAGGUGGAGGAGAAGUUAUUGGUGGCUGUUGCAAUUUAAGUGGAAAUGGCAAAAACCAUGGAAACUUUCAGAAUGGAUCAAACACAGUGAUGAGAGAAUCAUGCAGUCAAGACCUUGUAUGCAGGCAAUGGCAGAUGAUAUGAUAGGCUCAUCAUAG